AAAAAAAAACGUUUUUUCUUAGUUUUUUGUUAUAAAAUUUUGCAAAUAAGUGAUUUUUCUCCUUCACUGAUGUGUGCUAAUGAGGCUGUAGUGAUGGGUACUGAUAGGCUGCACUGAUGGACAUUGAUAGGUGGCACUGAUGGGCACUGAUGAGGAGGCACUGGUAGGUGGCACUGAUGGGCUGGCACUGAUAGGUGGCACUGACUGGCAUUGAUAGG